CUAUAAUGUCCUUUUCCACGUUGUUCCCAAAUUCCACCACCGAACACUAACGUUAACCUUUCCUAUAUAUACGCCGAAUCCAAUUCUCUCUCUCUCUCUUCCCUUCCCUUCUUUCUCGCUCUAUAAACCCUUCUUGUCUCUUCCCUUUUUCUUCGAUUGAAUUUUAAUUGAAUCAAUGAGUGAUCAUGUGGUGUUGUUUGUGGAUCGAUUAAUGCGUCCGAUGCCUGUUGAGCCGUUGGCUCAACAUCCUGCUCAGCCUGCUCCUGAGCCGAUGCCGCCGGUGAUUCAAUCACCGGCAGGGCCUUCGGGUUCUUCGACAGCGGAUGAUGAUGUCGGCGAGGACGAGCCGUUGUUGCAGAUGGAGAUGGCUGAGUGUAGGAUUUGUCAGGAGGAGGAUGGUAUUGAUAAUCUGGAGAAUCCUUGCGCCUGUAGCGGUAGUCUUAAGUAUGCACAUAGAAAAUGUGUCCAACGCUGGUGCAACGAAAAAGGAGACACAACUUGUGAAAUUUGUCAUAAGUCCUAUGAACCUGAUUAUACUGCUCCACCACCUCGUCCACAUCCUGAAGAAACCACCAUCGAUAUAGGUGGAGGCUGGACACUCUCUGGCACACCUUUGGACUUGCGUGAUCCUCGACUGUUGGCAAUUGCAGAGGCAGAACGUCAAUUCUUCGAAGCUGAAUAUGAUGGAUAUGCUGCUUCUAACGCCAAUGGAGCUGCAUUUUGCCGUUCAGCUGCUCUCAUUUUAAUGGCUCUCUUACUCUUGAGGCACGCACUUUCUGUCACGGAUGCUGAUGCUGAAGAUGAUCCAUCUAUGUUUUUCUCUCUUUUCUUGCUUCGAGCCGCUGGCUUUCUUUUACCUUGCUAUAUCAUGGCUUGGGCAAUCAGUAUUUUGCAACGACGGCGACAAAGACAAGAGGCUGCAGCAUUGGCGGCAACCCAAGUUGCUUUCGUGCUACAAUCUGGGCAGCAUAGGGGACUGCAAUUUGCCAUAACACCAGCAUCUAAUCCACGCCCACACCAAGAACAAGUGUAGUUUGUAUGGAAAUGGAGCGCUCACCAUGUAAAAUUGACUUGUUGAAAUGCCACGCUACUCUUGCUCAUCAUUUUCCCGGCUCUAAUUCUAAUAUAACUCGAGCAACUUCAAGAAUGUUCUCCCUCAAUCUAAUUUUAUUUAAAAUAAUUGUCUCUUACAUUAUUUUCGAUAAUAAUAACUUUAUUUAUUGGUAUAUCAAUUUAUUGUAUAUUAAUUACUCA